CACAUCAUAUGGAGUACAAAAUUUUAAGGAAGCCGUUCAUAAAGCACUUGUAUCAGCACAAAAGAAAAUAUUAUUCAGCGAAAAUCGUGACAUUUUAAAACAGAACAAACAUAACCUGUGAACCGUUGUCUGCAUCUCCACCGAAAAAUUGUGUUUUUUUCAAAUAAAUUCGAAUAAUUUGAGCAUUUGAACAAUGUCGGACGAUAAAACUAAGAAAAUUGAAGUGAAAAGUGAUGAGAAAGCAAAGGAAAAGGUCGAAGAAAAGACUGAAUUGUCUGAAGAAGAUAAGCAGCUGCAAGAUGAACUGAACAUGUUAGUCGAACGAUUGCAAGAAGCUAAAACGGAACUGUAUAUGCCAGCAUUGACGGCAAUGCGAGAUCUGAUCCGGGCAUCUACAACAUCAAUGACAUCAGUUCCGAAACCAUUGAAAUUUAUGCGUCAACAUUACGAAACCAUGAAAGAGGUCUACAAGAAAAUGCCCGAUCAAAACAGCCGUCAAACUUGUGCCGACAUCAUAUCGGUUCUAGCCAUGACCAUGGGAACUGGUAAAGAGUGCUUGGUGUAUCGAUUCCUUUGCGACCAGACCGAUCAGAUCGGUGAAUGGGGCCAUGAAUACAUUCGUCAUUUAUCCGGUGAAAUUGCGUCCAAUUGGAACGAAACAUCCGGCAACUUCCGCGGUCGGCUUAUCGAUUUGGUGAAACAAAUUGUUCCGUACAAUAUGACGCACAACGCAGAGGCCGAAGCUUGCGAUUUGUUGAUUGAAAUCGAACGUUUGGAUCUGCUGGAGGAGUACGUUGAUCGCAGUGCUUACGACCGAGUUUGCUUGUAUCUGCAGGGAUGUGUUCCGUAUGUCCCGGAUCCGGAAAAUGUGAACCUUCUGAAAACAGCAUUGAAAUUGUCGCAAAAAUUCGAGCAAUACACCCAGGCAAUGCGUUUGGCCAUGAUGUUGAACGAUAUGUCGUUGAUCGAAGAAAUUAUCACAACGUGCAAGGAUAAUGCCAUUCAAAAGCAACUUGCCUUUAUGUUAGGCCGCCAGCAAAUCUGUUUAGAAUUCCAAGAAAGCUCCAACCACAACGACGAAUUGGUGGAGAUUAUGUCGAACGCCCAUCUCAACAAUUAUUUCUUAAAUUUGGCCCGUGAACUGGACAUCAUGGAACCGAAAACACCUGAAGAUGUGUACAAGUCUCAUUUGGAGAAUUCACGAACGCCAUUCGGAACAUCGCAAAUUGAUUCGGCUCGUCAGAAUCUGGCAGCCAGUUUUGUGAACGGUUUUGUUAAUGCCGGUUUCGGUCAGGAUAAACUGCUGCUGGAAGACGGAAACAAGUGGUUGUACAAGAACAAGGAGCAUGGUAUGCUUAGUGCAACUGCGUCGCUUGGCUUAAUUCUAUUAUGGGAUGUCGAUGGUGGUCUAACUCCAAUCGACAAAUACUUGUACUCAGCCGAGGAUCACAUUAAAUCGGGCGCUUUGUUGGCUUGCGGUAUCGUCAAUUGCGGUGUCAGAAACGAAGUUGAUCCAGCAUUGGCGUUGCUGUCCGAUUAUGUUCAUCACACGAACAGUACGAUGCGAAUUGGAGCAAUUUUGGGUCUUGGAUUAGCCUAUGCCGGAUCAAAUCGCAGUGCCGUUCUAGAGUUGAUUGGAACCGUGUUCAGUGGAGAUAAAAAGAGCGGUGCGAAUGCAGAAGUGAUGGGCAUUGCAGCUUUAGCGUUGGGUAUGAUUGCCGUUGGUUCGUGUAAUUCAGAAGUUACGAAUAUUCUCCUGGAAACCAUCAUGGAACGUACCGAAGCCGAUCUCAAAGACACAUAUUCUCGGUUUCUACCGCUUGGCUUGGGAUUGGUUUACUUAGGCAGACAAGAAGCGGCCGAAGCAGUUAUUGCAGCAUUGGAAGUACUCUCCGAUCCCUUCAAAACAAUGGCCACAACAAUGGUCGAUAUUUGCGCAUAUGCCGGCACUGGCAACGUAUUGAAAAUUCAACAUUUGUUGCACAUCUGUUCCGACCACUACGAAACGACACCGGACAAAAGCGAAGAAACGUCGUCAAAGAAAUCCGAUGCAAAGGAUAAAGAGAAGCAGGAAAAGGAAAAGAAGGAACAGGAAAAGGAAAAGGAAAAAGAUUUGUCGUCAACACAGGCGGUUGCCGUUUUGGGCAUUGCAUUAAUUGCUAUGGGCGAAGAAAUUGGAGCCGAAAUGGCGUAUCGUUCAUUCGGUAACUUGUUGCGCUACUGUGAACCGGUGAUUCGUCGCUCGGUGCCGCUAGCACUCGGAUUGAUUUCCGUUUCCAAUCCCAAACUGAACAUUUUGGAUACGUUGAGUAAAUUUUCGCAUGACAGUGAUGCUGAAGUGGCACACAAUGCCAUAUUCGCAAUGGGAUUAGUCGGAGCCGGAACAAAUAAUGCUCGAUUAGCGUCGAUGCUGCGUCAAUUAGCACAGUAUCAUGCCAAAGAUCCAAACAAUUUGUUCAUGGUACGCAUCGCUCAAGGUCUGACGCAUUUAGGCAAAGGUACAUUAACAAUCAGCCCAUACCACAGCGACAGACAAUUGAUGAGCCCUGUGGCAGUAGCUGGUUUAUUAGCAACAUUGGUAUCGUUUUUGGAUGUGAAAACCAUCAUCCUUGGCAGGUCUCAUUAUAUUCUCUACUCGCUGGCCACGGCAAUGCAACCCCGAAUGUUGGUAACUUUCGACGAAGACCUCAAUCAAUUGGCCGUACCGGUACGAGUGGGCAUUGCUGUUGAUGUUGUUGGCCAGGCUGGAAAACCGAAAACUAUUACUGGCUUCCAAACGCAUACGACACCGGUGCUGUUGGCAAUGGGCGAACGAGCCGAAUUAGCCACAGAAGAAUAUAUUGCGUUGACUCCGAUCAUGGAGGGAUUUGUUAUUUUGCGUAAAAAUCCGAAUUACGAAACAUAGAUACAAUGAGAGCGGCGAGUCGGCGAGUGUGUAUUUUUUGUGAGUUAAACAUUAUAACCAAUUUCAUUCAUUUUUUUUUAAAUAAAAAGAAAUUACGUACUGAACGGA